UCUAGGGUUUUCAAGUGUACACCAUAUAUAUUUAUGUCACCGAACAAAAACCUCCUCUCUCUCUGUUAACCUCACGCAAAGACAACCAGUCUCUCAAGUAAAGUCUGUAGCUGCGUAGGGUUUUAUACUUUCACCGAGAUCUAAGCAUGGCGGAUGUGGAACCAGAGGUUGCUGCGGCUGGAGUCCCGAAGAAGAGGACGUUCAAGAAGUUUGCCUUCAAAGGAGUCGAUCUCGAUGCUCUUCUCGAUAUGUCUACUGAUGACCUUGUCAAGCUCUUCCCUUCUCGUAUUCGUAGAAGGUUCUCUAGAGGUUUGACCAGGAAGCCAAUGGCUCUGAUUAAGAAGCUUCGCAAGGCGAAAAGGGAGGCACCACAAGGUGAGAAACCAGAACCAGUGAGAACCCACCUGAGGAACAUGAUCAUUGUCCCUGAGAUGAUCGGAAGCAUCAUUGGUGUGUACAAUGGAAAGACGUUUAACCAGGUCGAGAUCAAGCCUGAGAUGAUUGGUCACUACCUGGCUGAGUUCUCCAUCUCAUACAAGCCGGUUAAGCACGGUAGGCCUGGUGUUGGUGCUACCCACUCCUCUCGUUUCAUUCCUCUCAAGUGAGGGAAGAGCUUGUUAUACUCGUGGAAUGUGUUCCAUCCGUUUUUGUUGUUGUUUUAUGAUGAGACAGAUACUACUUCUAUGCGUUAUUAUGUCACCUUGAUCUUAAAAAUCAAAUCCUUUCGAGUUUCUUUA